AUGAUCAAGGAGACCUCCGAGAGUAUGAAAGUAAUCUGCCAACGCCUUUUGGAAGCUGGAGAGAGAACGACCAAACAAAUCAAAGUAAUUCGCCAGAGAUUGUUGACCGCUCAAAAUAGACAAAAGAAUUAUGCCGAUCAUCAUUGUCAUCCAUUGUCAUUUGAAGAAAGGGAUCACGUAUUCCUUAAAGUAUCACCUCAUAGGGGUUUAUCGCUUUUUAGGCAAAAGGGAAAGCUUUCGCCACGUUAUAUUAGGCGAUUUGAUAUCAUCAAGAAGAUUGGAGAGGUUGUGUAUCGUUUGGCUUUGCCACCGAGGCUAUCAGAUGUCCAUGACAUGUUCCAUGUGUCUAUGUUGAGGAAAUACGAACCAGAUCUGUCGCACAUGCUAGAGUGGUCCGAACUUGAGUUAAAGGCCGAUGCAUCUUAUGGGGAGGAACUGACACGUAUCCUAGAUUCGCACAAUCAAGUGUUGAAGGGUAAGACAAUACCGUUGGUACAAGUUUUGUGGAGAAACCAGGGUAGUGAAGAGCUGACGUGGGAAAGGGAGGACAAAGUUGGAGAGAAGUACCCGCAUUUAUUUUCGAAAUGA